AUGACGCUGUACUCCAUCUACGUGUUCAACCGCUACGGGGACACCAUCUACACAAAGCAGUGGAGGCGUACCAGCGCUGUGCAGCACGGCGAGGACGGUCUCGUCGCUGGGUUUGUCUACACCCUCCAGCACAUCAGCUCCCAGCUGUCCUCCACGCAGACUGGCGGCUUGCGGGCCGUGCACACACCACUGUACAAGGUACACUACUUGGAGACAAUGACGGGCUACCGCGUUGCUCUCUUUACGGACAAGGCAAUGAGCACGGCACUCGUGCAAGGCACCCUGACGGAACUCCUCAAAGACGUGUUUAUCCGUACCGUGACGAAGAACCCGUCGUACCGACACGAGAAGGGCAUGCUCGUCACCGGAACAGAGUUUGAGGAUGCCAUGGAGGCGCUCUUCCGCCGCAAAAAACUGCUUACUUGA